AUGUCGGAGAACAACCCCGUCAAGUAUCUUGCGGACUCAGAUACUGAGUGCCAGAGAUGCAAGGCAGUACCUGCUGUGCUCAUCACUAGAAAGGAAGCCUUCUGCAAGAACUGCUUUAUUCGUUUCAUCAGGGGAAAACAGAGAAAACUGAUGAUCGACGAACGUUAUAAGGUAAAAUACGGUGCUGUUCAAGAGAAGAUUGGUCAACAGAAAGUUUUGUUGGCUCUUUCGGGUGGAGUCUCUUCUCUUGUUCUCACAGAUGUAGUAGCUUCAUUAUUACAAGAACAAAUAGAAAGUCACAAGGGAAGAAUGGGAUUUGAGCUUGUGCUUUUGAAUAUCGAUGAAUUCGAGUUGGAGUCACUUAACAAGCGCAUAGAGGAGAUCUUGCCCAUUUUGGUGGAAAGAUAUGCCCCAGUCAAUAUACAAUACAAAGUACUUUCCAUAGAGUCUUUCUUGAUAGACCGGGCCAUGAUUCAGAAAGUACUACUCAAUAAAGAUUUCACUGCUAUUGCUCAAAGAUUAUCUGACGAACAAAACAAGUACACCGUUGCUGACAUGCUCAAGUUGUGUCCCAACAAAUCUUCCAUGGAAGACUUACUCACCGUGAUCUACGAAGAGCUCAUACUCAGAACAGCAUUUAUAGAGAACUGUGAAACCAUAAUAUAUGGUCACAGCAUGACCCGCAUAGCGAAUGAGAUCUUAGCAUUAACGGUCAGGGGAAGAGGUUCCUCGGUCUACAAAGCCAUAGCUGACCACACAGUUCAAUUUAUGGAUAAAGAAUUCACCAUCUUGUUCCCAUUAAGAGACGUUCUCUUCGCCGAGAUAAUAGCAUAUGCCGACUUGAUCGAAUUAAACAAACUCGAGGUCAAAAGCACCAUCGUCAAGUCUAAGAUCACUAAGAACUUAACCAUUAGAGAUUUGACUACAAACUACUUCAGCCACUUGGACGCGACUGGAUACGCUUCUACCGCUUCGACUGUGGUCAAAACAGGCGAGAAGCUUGGAGCUCCGCAGUUCAAGCAUUCUUAUGGUCGCUGCCAGAUCUGCGGAGUAGAAAUCUACCAAGAUCCAAAGGAAUGGCUCAGACGUAUCACUGUCAAUGAUGCAGCACCUAUAGAGACAGAAGAAGAACAGGAAUACGUCAACCUCUACAAAGAAGCCUUGAGCUCUUCUGAAACAUUAGACACCGAAAACACCCAUCCUGUCAAUAUUUGUUAUGGAUGCAUCGUAACCUUGAGUGGAGCAAAACAGGAUACUGCAUUUGUAUGGCCGUUGAAAGACAAAGACACCAACCACGAAGACAAGAAAGUACUUGACGAGUACAUACUCACCGACGAUGAAGAGUAG